AUGUCGUCCGACACCCAUCCUAUCCCAAUCCUGACCCCCGGCAUCGAGCCUACUAGCGGCGAAUCACAUAGCCCACCCUCCUUCUUCCCCAUGGAGACCGUCUGGCCUUCGAAGCAAAGCGAUCUUGCAAAACCCCCGCCAGGAGAGGUGCAGCCCAAUGGAAUCUCGCUCGACCUAAAGCCAGUGCGCCCAACGAACCUGCCAGAUGGCACGAGGAGGAAGCGGAUAGUUGUCGUGGGCUUGGGUAUGGUCGGCAUCGCUUUCAUAAGAAACCGCCAUUGCGAUACUGAUGCACCAAGUGAGAAACUCAUGAAGUUGGAUGCGACGAGGAGAGAGUACCACAUAGUCGUCAUAGGGGAGGAGCCGCACCUGGCUUACAACCGAGUCGGCUUGACGAGCUUCUUCCAGCAUCGAGACGUGGAAAAUCUCUAUCUGAACCCCAAGGAAUGGUACACAUCUGUGCCUGAAGGCUCGCUCAGCUACCACAUCAACACCUUGGUGACCGAAAUCGACACCGACGCAAAGAAUGUGAAAACCUCUGCCGGCCAUGUAGUCGCCUAUGACAUCCUCGUUCUCGCCACCGGCUCCGAUGCUGUGCUCCCAAAGCAUACUCCCGGCCACGACGCAAAAGGCGUCUUUGUCUACCGGACAAUCGACGAUUUGCAGAGGCUGAUCGACUUCUCAAGCACCCGAAAGGGCACGGUAGGGGCGGUGGUCGGAGGUGGGCUGCUAGGGCUCGAAGCUGCACAUGCCAUGAUGGAUCUAGAUGUAUUCUCGCAGGUGAAACUGAUUGAAAGGAACAGAUGGGUCCUCUCGAGGCAACUGGACGGUGACGCGGGUGCCAUGGUGGUUGAGCAGGUGCGCGCCCUAGGUUUGGACGUCAUGCUCAGCAAACGGGUGGGAAAGAUCCUCACCAAUGAGGAGAAUUACGUCAAGAGUGUCGUGUUCGAGGACGGUGAGCAGAUGGACUGCUCCUGUAUCUGCUUUGCUAUUGGUAUCCGCGCGAGAGACGACCUAGCACGACGCUCUGGCAUAAAGUGCGCGGAUAGGGGCGGCGGUAUCAUAGUUGCACCUGAUCUUUCGACCUCGGUCCCAGACGUCUACGCCAUUGGUGAAUGCGCGAGCUGGGAAAAUCAGACCUUCGGUCUGAUUGCCCCCGGUGUUGAGAUGGCCGAUGUCCUCGCUUUCAACCUCACGCAAGCCAAGGUCCAUGCACCGAGGAAAUUUAAGCGACCAGACCUAAGCACAAAGUUGAAGUUGCUCGGAGUCGAGGUUGCCAGCUUUGGGGAUUUCUUCGCAGAUAGGGACGGUCCCAAAGAGUUGCCUGGUCGGCAGAGAGCAGCGAAGGCGGACAACACUGCGGCUGGUACACGAGGGAAAGUCAAGGACCUUACGGAUGGACCCGAGCCUCCGCCCGUCAAGGCUCUGACGUACAGAGAUCCGUUCCAACAGGUUUACAAAAAGUACCUCUUCACUCCCGACGGCAAAUAUCUGCUCGGUGGUAUGAUGAUCGGUGACACGAAAGACUACGUAAAACUGGUACCCAUGGUCAAAAACCAGAAGCAGCUCGAGAUACCCCCCAGCGAAUUGAUUAUUGGAGCACAAAAAGGCGACGAGGAUGGUGACGAUCUUGACGACGAUACCCAAAUCUGCUCAUGCCAUAACGUCACCAAAGGGGACGUGGUAAAUUCGGUCAAGAGCGGGACCUGCAAGAGCAUAGGCGACGUGAAAUCCUGUACCAAGGCUGGAACUGGAUGUGGCGGGUGCAUGCCGCUCGUCCAGACGAUCUUCAACAAGACGAUGGCAUCCAUGGGUCAAGAAGUCAAGAAUCACCUCUGCCCCCAUUUCGAAUAUUCUCGAGCCGAUCUCUUCAACAUUAUCCACGUGAAGGGCCUCAAAGAGUUCGCCGACGUGAUGAAGGAGUGCGGAAGAGAGCCCGAAUCCGCAGGUUGCGAAGCCUGCAAGCCUGCCAUCGGAUCGAUUCUUUCCUCGCUCUAUAACAAACAUCUCCUUGAUCAAUCUCGUAAAGGCCUACAGGACACCAAUGACAGGUUCCUGGCCAACAUUCAGAGAAAUGGCACCUUUUCAGUCAUCCCCCGCGUGUCAGGUGGUGAGAUCACGCCCGAGAAGCUCAUCAUCAUCGGCACUGUUGCGAAGAAGUAUAACCUGUACUGUAAGAUUACCGGCGGACAGCGGAUCGACAUGUUUGGAGCUAGAAAACAGGACCUUCCCGCUAUCUGGCAAGAGCUCAUAGACGGUGGCAUGGAGUCUGGUCAUGCCUACGCCAAAUCGCUCCGAACCGUCAAAUCCUGCGUCGGAACAACGUGGUGCCGCUUCGGCAUCGGCGACAGUGUGGGCAUGGCAGUUCGUCUAGAGGAGCGUUAUAAAUCCCUCCGCGCGCCCCACAAGAUUAAGGGAGGUGUCUCUGGCUGCGUACGGGAAUGUGCAGAAGCGCAGAACAAAGACUUUGGACUGAUAGCCACCGAGAAGGGGUUCAAUAUCUUCGUAGGAGGAAACGGCGGCGCCAAACCGAGACACUCGGAAUUACUUGCGAAAGAUGUCCCUCCCGACGACGUUAUCCCGAUUCUCGACCGUUACCUUGCCUUUUACAUCCGGACCGCGGACAAGUUACAAAGGACGGCGCGGUGGAUCGAGAAUAUGCCUGGUGGUAUCAAAUACCUCCAGGAAGUCAUCCUGCAGGACAAGCUCGGCAUAUGUGCGGAGCUCGAGAAGCAAAUGGAGCAACUGGUCGGGUCGUUCUUCUGCGAGUGGACCGAGGUGCUCAAAAGCCCCGAGCGUCUUGCCCACUUCUCCCAGUUUGCAAACACGGAUGAGAACAUCAACGACACCAUUGAGCCAGUCAAGGAGCGGCAUCAAGAGAGGCCAUCAUAUUGGCCAAAAGACUCUGUGACUGAAGACUUCAAAGGCACCAAAUGGACCGAGUUGGCGUGGCAACCCAUCAUCAAAGCCGAUCAAUUCAAGGACAUCCCAACGGGCGAUUCAAAAGCUGUGAAGCGAGGCGACACGCAACUCGCCAUCUUCAAGGUCCGUGGGAGAUGGUACUGUACCCAGCAGAUGUGCCCACACAAACGGGCCUUCGUCCUCUCUGAUGGCUUGAUCGGCGAUGACCUCAAAAACAACAAGCUCUGGAUUUCCUGUCCCCUCCACAAACGGAACUACGAGCUCAGCGGCGAAAACGCUGGCCGCUGUAACAACGACGACAAUGUCAACAUUGCAACCUUUCCGGUCGAAGCAAGGGACGACGGAUGGGUAUACGUUAAACUACCUAGCAUUGAGGAGCUGGACUCUGUGCUGGGCACCGAGAAGUUCAAGAUUAAGAAGACUGAGACAACAGAUCCCUUCGAGAGCCUCGAUAAGAAACUGGCGUCGAUGCAGCUGAAGGGCAGAAAGAGCAUCCCUGUGAGCCAUUUGGAAGGCGGGCUAGGACAGGAAAGAAAGGCAGCAAUGAUACUAGCAGGCGGUGAAAGGGGGACUGGAGGUUUAGACUGGUAG